UCAAAGUUCGUGGGGUUAUCACCACACCAGAUAUGACAGAUAGCAGGAAUAUUUGUGUAUACAUCAGUGUGCCAUCGGGUCUUGGGCGGAAUAAUUCUAAACCGCGAACAAUGAAAACUUUAAUAAUACUGACCGCCUUAUUCAUAGGCCUUACAUCAAGCGCGCCAACCACAAAAGAUGCGCCAUUCAUAGUCACAAGUAAAUUCUUCGACAAAUCUCUCGUCAUUUACAAAGGAGAGUACGAUAUCGUCGAUAUAGUCGUUCCUCUGAACGAUAUUAACUUCGAAGACGGAACGGAGGAUGACGAAGACGGUGGAAUCAAUCUAUUCUUCACCGAAGCUGAUAUCAAAGACGAUGGAAAAAAGGAUUUUAAAGGUAUCUAUUAUCUUAACAAAGGAAAUGCAACUAAAAUUCUUGAUAAUGGCGUAGUAACAGCUGUUCCUUGUCAAAACAACAAAAACGCCUAUUUCGGUGCUAAAGACGGCUUGUAUUCUUUCGAUGCGGAGAAAGUAGAAGCUAAAAAGUAUGGCCCGAUCACUGAUAGCAUCAUUGGAAUUGGAGUAGAGAACGGGACAGAUACUAUUUACAUUUUGAAGGAAAACAAAGAGUUAUUCAAAGUUACAGAAAACGGUACUAAAACCGCUAAAGUAGAGGAAGCGAAAGACGUUGUAGAAUUCGUAGUGGAUUACGAAAACAAUUUAUACUUUUACGACGAAAGCAAAACACUUUUCGUCGUCAACAAAGAAGGAACCAAAAGGAUAGAAAACCUGCCAGUCCCUAAAUCGUACAUGAAACUGAUUCGGCCAUUGUUCUUCAAUGAGAACUCAGUACCAAUACUUAUAGAUGAAGAUGUUUACACAGUUUACGCUAAUGGUACAGUAGAGCCUGAAGACAUUAAGGUUAGAGUGAGACCAACAGCUUUCGGUGUAGAACCAGCUCUACUCCAAUACUACGCUCAUGAUAAGAAAAUCUACGAAUAUAACAUGCUUGUGUUGGUAUUCAGUGGUCUUCUGGAAGAACUGAAAGACUUUUUGAGUGAUAUAACAGAGAAUAUACAGAAUGUAGCCACGCAAUCCAGAAGCGAAUUGGGUAGUUGGUUUGGUACAGAAAACACGGCUUGAAAAUGUAAUUUCAUACCUAAGCACAAAUUGAUAAUUUAUUAACAAGAAAUUAAAUUAGAUUGAGAUA